AUGGCUGCUGAUAUCCCCAAGGUAGUCCCUUUGACAUGUCAUGGACAUUCUCGUCCGGUGACACAUCUGAGCUUCUCUUCCACCGUGGAGGACGAGCAAUAUUAUUUCAUCUCAUCAUGCAAGGAUAAUAAUCCCAUGCUGCGUGACGGCAUCACAGGAGACUGGAUCGGAACAUUCCUCGGCCACAAAGGCGCCGUGUGGCAAGCCAGACUCUCCGCAGACGCUGCCAUCUCAGCAACAGCAGCAGCCGAUUUCUCAGCUAAGGUCUGGGACACCUACACAGGUGAAUGCCUUCACACGCUGCAGCACGCACACAUCGUGCGAUCAGUAGCAUUCCCCAUCCAAGCCAACCCGCAAGUACUAGCAACAGGUGGCGCAGAGAAGAAGCUUCGGAUCUUCGAUCUGUCGCGCGGCGGUUCAACGCAACCGGUUCCCGCGGGCACCAACACUGCGACUGAGAAUGGGGUUACGAGCUAUGAGAUCGGACCCGGUGUUCAUGGCGGCACUAUCAAGUCUAUUGUCUGGAACCAGGACUACAAUGUCGUUACGACUUCGGCUGAAGAUCGCAAGGUUCGGUGGUGGGAUCUGCGCUCGCGGCAUCCGAUCGUUGAGAUGGCGGUUGAUGGACCUAUUGGCUCUUGUGAGCUGAAUAGUUUGGCGACGAGGCCUAAUGACUCGGGGAUUCUGACUGUUGCGGCUGGGAAGAGCGUUUAUCUUUAUGAUGGUGUGCAGCCUGGUCGGUUGCUCAAGAAGGUUGAUUUCGACUAUGAUGUUGCCAGUGCGGCGGUCAAUAGUGAGUCUGGCCGUCUGGUUACGGGCAGUGCGAAUGACACGUGGGCGCGGGUUUAUGACCUGAACACGAAUGAGGAACUCGAGGUGCAAAAGGGUCAUCAUGGACCUAUCUGGUCAGUGAGCUUCUCGCCUGACGGCAAGCUUUAUGGAACUGGUAGCGAGGACGGUACUAUCAAGCUGUGGAAAGCUUGCCGCGAGCCUUACGGGCUGUGGAGGUGA